AUGCAAUUUAUCUACAUAUUACCUGGGUGGGAAGGGUCAACUGCUGAUAGUAGAGUGCUUCGAGAAGCAAUGGACAAGAGAAAUGGAUUUAAAGUUCCUCAAGGUUACUACUAUCUUGUUGAUGCUGGGUAUACAAAUUGUCAAGGAUUUCUUGCACCAUAUAGAGGACAAAGAUAUCAUUUGAAUGAUUGGAGGGAUGGACACCAACCUACUACUCCUCGAGAAUUUUACAACAUGAAGCAUUCUUCGGCAAGAAAUGUGAUAGAGAGAUGCUUUGGACUACUUAAGAUGCGUUGGGCAAUUAUAAGAAGUCCUUAUUUUUAUUCGACUACAACACAGACUCGAAUCAUUUUAGCAUGUUGUCUAUUGCAUAAUCUUAUAAGGCAAGAGAUGUCUAUAGACCCAUUAGAGGAAAGUUUGGAAGAACAAGAACAUACUCUGAAUGAAGUACAUGGUGAUUCAAUUACAACAAUCGAAACAUCAAAUGAGUGGAGUGCAUGGAGAGAUAAUUUAGCAACCAGCAUGUUCAAUGAAUGGAUGGCAGCUAGAUAA